CUUCCAGCACGUGAUGCUGCUGAGAUGUGUCACUUCAGGCCAUAAAAGUGAAGAGAGAGAACAAAAGACAGAGAGGAGUAUAAAUCCCCAGCAGGAAUCCUCUGCUGGCUGACAGGCACCGGACAGCUCCUCCACACACAUGCAGACAGAAAUUAGGAACACAGACAAAUGAAGGUAGACACAGGAAAGAUAAGAAAGACAAAAGAACACAAGAAGAAAUAAACAAAGAACAUUAAGAAGAACGAAACCUAAUAAGAGGAGACACAGGAAUACCCAGUGCCUUUUUUUCUCCAAACUCACAUGAAUUUGGGUUAGCUCUCGGAAUGUAUCUGCUCAUCAUCCUUCCAGCUCUGUACCUACUGGGGGUACAGGCAGUCCCCCUACCUCAAAGAUCCCCCUACAGGGAACAGGACCAGACCUGGAAGGAGCAGUCCCGUUCAUGGAUCUAUCAGCCUCGCACAAAGGGACUGCUCAGUGCUCAAAACUCUGUGAAUCCCCCUCGCUGUGGUGUACCAGACAUGCCUUUCCCUCCUGAUUCCUUCAAUGGACGUAAUCGCAAGAAGCGCUUUGUGUUGUCUGGUGGACGCUGGGACAAGACCAACUUGACAUAUAAGAUCAUCCGCUUCCCAUGGCAGCUCAGCAAACUAAAAGUUAGACGCACACUUGCAGAAGCAUUGAAAGUAUGGAGCGAUGUGACCCCUCUAAAUUUCACAGAGGUGUUUGAAGGUCGUGCUGACAUCAUAAUUGACUUCACACGGUACUGGCAUGGUGACAAUCUGCCCUUUGAUGGCCCAGGGGGCAUACUGGCACAUGCUUUUUUUCCAAAGACACAUAGAGAGGGAGAUGUACAUUUUGACUAUGAUGAAGCUUGGACCAUAGGGAGCAACUUAGGUACUGAUCUUCUACAGGUAGCUGCUCAUGAGUUUGGGCAUGUGUUGGGCUUGCAACAUUCAUCAGUCUCCAAAUCUCUGAUGUCUCCUUUCUACACAUUCCGCUACCCUCUCAGCCUCAGUGCAGAUGACAAACAUGGCAUUCAGUACCUAUAUGGUGCACCACGGCCACUAACUCCAGAGCCCACUGUUAAGCCUGAACCCAAGCAGCCAGAGAAUGAGAGCAAUGAGAUCCCUACUUCAGAGCCGAAUGCCUGUUACACAGGUUUUGAUGCAGUUUCUGCAAUCCGUGGCGAACUAUUCUUCUUCAAGUCUGGUUAUGUGUGGCGUCUCCGAGGUGGGAAAUUGCAGAGUGGAUACCCAGCGCUGGCUUCACGACACUGGAAAGGAAUCCCUGAAACUGUGGAUGCUGCAUUUGAAGACUCUGCAGGGAAUAUCUGGUUCUUUCAUGGUACUCAGUUUUGGGUAUUUGAUGGCAAGCUACAGGCCUCAGGCCCUCAUCCACUGUCAAACCUUGGUCUCUCUGUGCCACAAAUCCAAGCUGUGCUUAUAUGGGGUACUGACAAGAACAAGAAAGUCUUCCUGUUUAGAGGUGCAGAGUACUGGAGAUUUAACCCAGAUACUUGGCGUGUAGAAAUUGGGUAUCCACGCAGCAUGGGGGAUUGGAGAGGAGUGCCUACCAGUAUUGAUGCAGCCUUUCAGGAUGAACAAGGAUUUGCGUACUUUCUGCGUGGGCAAUACUAUUGGAAGUUUGACCCAAUCCAGGUACGUGUGUUGGAAAGUUAUCCACGCCGGAUCAGCCAGGAUUUCUUCAGUUGUGCAGUGACACCUACAUCUGCCAAUGCAUUACGAUGAGGAUGGACUCUUGAGACACUCAAUUCUUACAGUGAAGUCUGGUCCAUACUCAGCAUACCAAGGAAGACAACACUUUCCAUCAGUGGACACAUACUGUAUCCAAAGAACCAUUUUUCAGUUACAACAUUGUCAUGGUCUACCAGUUAUAUGUUGUUCUCCUUAUUAUCAUGUCCUUAUUAUCCAGUGGCCCUAAAAAUAUACAUUUGGUUUUUCAGGGCAGUUCCUGAACAUUGCCAGAGUACAGAGGGUCACUUUAAUUAGAAAUGACCAGAGCUGAAUCCUUCACCUUUGUAUAU